AUGCCCUGCCCAGACAUGUCUGGGCAGUAUCUUUUGUCUUUGCAAGGGGACGCGCAUAUAAGCAAACGACUCAAGGCCAAGUACGAGGAUGACCUCAAGGCCACAAUACAAGAGCUCUCUGAGCUCAAUCAAGAGACAAUGCAUAGCUUCGAUAUGGAGAAGGGGGACAAGGAGAUCAUCUGCACGAAUAAGAUUAACGACCUUACUGCUAAGAUCGCUCAGCUGGAUGAGCAGCUGGCGAGCCUUGAUGAGCAGAUUCAGCGUUGGAAAGAAGAAAAUCCACCUAGUCGGCAGUUGUCGCAGAGCGAGAUGGAUGAACAGUAUAAACACAUAGUGAAGAAUCCCGCUUUUUUGGAGAGGAUCAUGUAG